AUGUCACUCGAUCCGACUAGAGCGCUGCCCUCGCUCAAGCCUUUUGCCCUCACGCACAUCCUAUACGACCCGCUGCACCCACUCUCCAUCCCGCUCACCUUGCUCUCCCUCACACCAAUCUUCCUCUUCGUCGCGUACUUUACGCUCGCAGUCUUCACUCGCCGAUUGACGAUCCUUCUACUCGCUCUAGGCUCGGUAGCGAAUGAAGCACUCAGCUUGAUCCUCAAGCGAUGGUGGAAAGGGGACAGGCCAUACAAGGGGCUGCUGGGGCUGGGGGAUGUGGGCGAGGGAUAUGGGAUGCCGAGCAGUCAUGCCCAAGCGGCGGGCUUCUUGGUUGCUUGGGGGAUGGGAUAUGCGCUGAGCAUGGAGAAGCGGAGGGACAUGGAGGCGAGAAAGACUGGGAGGGCGGUAGAUACAAGGCCAGGGGUACAGACGGUCAGGACGAUCCGCACGGCGGUUUGCCUGUUUGGGCUGGUUCUGUGGUCUCUCCUGGUCGCUUAUUCUCGGUAUCACCUGCACUACCACUCUGCGUAUCAAAUAACGGUCGGCUACCUCGUUGGCCUCAUCGCCGGGGCAGCACACUUUGCUAUAACCGAACACGUCCCGCUGCACUACCCUGCCUCGAUACCAGGGAGGAUCCGGGGUGGUAUCGAGUGGGUUUGGACCGGUAUAGGUGGUGUAGGCGGGUGGCAGUUGGGGGAUGCGCCUGGAGGCUGGGGAGAGGGACCCUUAUUCCUAUCCGGAGCUGACAGGUCAAGUACAGCCGGCAAGAAGAGGUCUUAG